CGCUUGGAUUCUGCCCAAGCUCCACAUCGCAACACUGCUACCUCGUCCAAACCAAGCUACAGAAUAACCAAACCAAUCUUUCGCCCCCUGUUAAACGAAGAAAUGCCAUUUUCCAUAAAAUAGAACCCUCCGGAAACCUGAAAUUCGAAGUUAGAAACAACUGUUUUACUCCGGUUAAGGAGUGCAGUGGUUCCGAUUUCGAUUGGGAUGAAGCAGAGGAAGUAGUUAUAGAAGGAGAAGAUGAAGAUGAGGGAUCUCCGUGGGAAGGCGCGGUGGUGUACGCAAGGAACCCCUUGGUUUCGCAUCUGGAGUACUGUACAACCUUAGAACGGCUGGGUCUUGGGAAGCUUUCCACGAACAUCUCGAGGUCCCGAGCUUCACUGAUGGGAAUUAGGGUUACCAAGGACGUCAUAGAUUAUCCGGAGGGCACGCCGGUGCUUGUUUCUCUCGACGUGACGACUAAGCAGCGGAAAAUCAGGCUCGACGGUAUCAUCCGAACCGCGAUUACUCUUGGUUGCUACAGGUGUGGCGAACCAACUGCUGGGAGUAUUUUGUCUAACUUCUCUCUCUUGCUGAGUGAAGAACCGAUUGAGGAAGCUGAGAACUUGGACAUGGGUACAAUUUUUGGAUCUAUGGAAGAGGUAGACAUAGAUGGCAACGAUUCUUUGAUUGAUUUGGAAGAUCAACUGUAUUUUCCUAGGGAAAAAAGAACCAUUGACAUCUCAAAGCAUAUAAGAGACCUGGUGCACCUAGAAAUUACCAUCAAUGCCAUCUGUGAUCCCCAAUGCAAAGGCUUUUGCUUGAAAUGUGGAACUAAUCUUAACUUUGACCGUUGCAAGUGUGAUUUUAAGCAAAAUGUGAAGGGGAAGAGCUUUGGUCCUCUUGGAGGUUUGAAAAGCAAAAUGCAGCAACAACGAUGAUUUGAUGGAUGACCAUGUUGUCAUGUAGGUUUCUUCUACAUAAGAACAUAUUCUUGUGUAACAUUGCUCUCUUUUGUGUCAUGCACAAGGGAACUACAAAGUUCUUUUCCAUGAGUAUUGUGUAAUAUUUCAUAUUUUGUCUCUUAAAUUUUAGUUGCAACAUUUUAUUUAAGGUGUAAUACGUAGUAUAUAAUAAUAAAUCCAAACAUGUACAAUAUUGUUAAAUUUGGUGGAAACUGGAAAGUAUCUGCAAAAUAUAAACAUUUCAUGAUUUUUACAUAUAGACGAUUGAAUAUAAG